UAAAAAAAUAAAAUCAGAAAUUGUGGUUUUCAUUUUUCAUCAGCACCUUCUUCUUCUUCUCGAUCCAAAUCCUUUGCCAUCGAGAGAAUCAAAUCAAACAAAACAAACACCUCUCUUCAUCUUCUUCAUCUUCUUCGUCAGAGAAGAGCUUCUCUCGCGUUAACGAAUUCGAUUCGAUUCUUUUGUGGCAUCAUCAUCUCUUCCACCUACGUAAAUCCGAGCUUCGUUUUCUAAUCAUUUGCUUACACUUCCUGAGUGAUGAAGAUGAUGAUGAUGAUGAUGACGAUGAUGAUUCUGUGAUCUGUAUUUUUUGGAACAAUUUCUCUGGAUUCGGAAGAAUCUGUGUUGGUUUGUGGCUGUAUACGAAAUUAACCACGGCUUGUUUCUUUGGAUAAUGCUGUUUUUGUUUCGUGGAGGUUUGAUUUGGUUACGUUUGAUUCCGGAACUUUGAUCUGGUGAAUGCUCCGCCGAUAAUAAUUUAAUUUUCCCUGAGCCAGCGGCUCGGGGAGAGAGAGAUCUGUUAAAAGUUCCAAAGAGAUUAUCGACGAGCGUUUUGGAAGUUUUUUUAAGCUAUGUCUUCAUCGCCGUCAACGGAAGAUGGCGGUUUGGGCUCAUCUCGACCACAUUCUCAUUACGCUUCUAUGCAGGAAUUCAAACUCUUCGAAACUCUAUCGAACUUUUACAUGAUUGGUUGGGAUGGAAGUGGAGUUUACAGAGUACUGAAGAUUGAUCGUCUUGAUCCAUCUGAGCUUAACAUUAGUCAAGAUUCGACUCCUUACACAAAGAAAGAAUGCUAUGAGUUGUUGAAACGGAUACACGAAGGGAACAAGGCUACGGGUGGGCUGAAAUUUGUGACUCUUUGUUAUGGUAUCAUUGGCUUCAUUAAAUUCUUGGGACCGUACUACAUGCUGCUUAUAACUGAAAGAAGACAAAUAGGUGAAGUUUUUGGUCACAGCGUCUACGCUGUAUCAAAGAGCGAGAUAGUUGGGUUACAAAAUUCUACUGUACAGUGCAACGUUGCUAAUUCAAGAGAUGAAAACAGAUACAAGAGACUCUUGUGUAUGGUGGACCUUACUAAAGACUUCUUUUUCAGCUAUUCUUACAAUAUAAUGAGAAGUUACCAGAAGAAUAUAUGCAAUUACGAGACUGGGCAUGUUCUCUAUGAGAAAAUGUUUGUCUGGAAUGAGUUCUUGACUAGGGGAAUCCGACAUCAUCUUCAGAAUACCCUGUGGACUGUAGCAUUGGUGUAUGGUUUCUUUAAGCAGGCCUCUCUUUCUGAAUCUGGCCGGGAUUUUAAGAUCACCCUUAUUGCUAGGCGCUCCCGUCAUAAUGCUGGAACCAGGUACUUGAAGCGAGGAGUAAACAUAAAUGGCAAUGUUGCCAAUGAUGUCGAGACCGAGCAGAUAGUGUCUGAAGAUGUUCCUGAAGACCGUCCAAUGCAAGUGAGUUCUGUUGUGCAGAAUCGUGGCUCAAUCCCACUUUUUUGGUCACAAGAAACCUCGCGACUGAAUCUAAAGCCGGACAUAGUCUUGUCAAAAAUGGAACCAAACUAUGAGGCGACUAGACUUCACUUUGAUAACCUUGUAGAACGAUAUGGAAAUCCCAUCAUCAUUCUGAACUUGAUCAAGACGAAAGAGAAGAGACCUAGAGAGUCAAUCCUCCGGGAAGAGUUUGUUAAGGCAAUUGACUUUAUAAACAAAGAUUUACCUGAGGAAGAUCGUCUGCGAUUUCUUCACUGGGACCUGCACAAACACUUUCGGAGCAAAACAACAAAUGUCUUGGCGCUCCUCGGCAAAGUAGCUGCAUGUGCAUUGAUUCUAACAGGUUUAUUUUACUAUCAAGUUUCACCAGCCAUGAAGAUUGAGGGUUACAUGAGCUUGUCUUCUUCUUCUGAUGCUGACACUGGGGAUAUAUCUCCACACACUAGUUCUGAUGAUGAUAAUGAGGAUCAUGAUAGCCUUGAGAAGAAAUCUAGUAGGAGUAAGAAUAUUGCUUAUGAAAAUUGUGAUGUCAAGCCACCCAGGCUUCAGAGUGGCGUUCUUAGGACCAAUUGCAUUGAUUGCCUUGAUCGCACAAAUGUAGCACAAUAUGCAUAUGGUUGGGCUGCUCUUGGGCAGCAGAUUCAUAUAUUAGGAAUUAGAGAUGUACCAGCCAUAGAACUUGAUGAUCCCUUGGCUAUUUCGUUAAUGGGAUUGUAUGAGAGAAUGGGCGACACACUAGCUCAUCAGUAUGGUGGAUCUGCAGCCCACAACAAGGUUUUCAGCGAGAGAAGAGGCCAGUGGAGAGCAGCAACUCAGUCACAAGAGUUCUUGAGAACUCUGCAACGAUAUUAUAAUAACGCCUAUAUGGAUGUAGAUAAACAAGACGCCAUUAAUAUAUUUCUUGGCACGUUUCAGCCUGAACAGGGAAUGCCGACAAUCUGGGAGUUACGAUCAAAUUCCCUCUCUAAUGGACGAAAUGGACAGAUGGGCAUAGGGGAAGAUGAAAGGUUUCUUGUGAAAAGGUGCUUAUCAGAUGGAAAUUUUCUCCAUGAAAGUUGCGCUCCGCUAUCAGCCAUGAGUAGCAAUCAUGAAAGCAUGCCACAAAAAGGUUUCUCGGCGCCAUUACAGCAUGUGAGCCAUAGUCUUUCAGAGUCAUCAUCUGAUAUACCAGUUUCUAAUGAUGUAGCAUUAACAAGGUGUACUCAUUCGAUGCCUAGGAAACAGCUCUUCGGAGAUGUGCAAAAGGUUCAUCAUUUUGGCAGCGACCAAGUUUACUUUGGCGGGGAGGAAGACAUGUCUAGUGUCUCCAAUUUUGUUGAUAUUGAGUGGCUUUCAUCAUCAGAAAAUUGCGAGAACAUUCUAUUUGACAGGUCGUCAGCGUUUACAAGAGAUUUGACAGCGGAGAGGUCUUCAACAGAGAAUAUCACCAAUGGAGUAGGACAAUCUGCACCAAGUAGAAAUGAAAGUGGGUCAAGCAGUAGUAAGGGAAAGGAACCGAUGGGAACAAAGAAUCGGGAGGACUUUCCAGAUAGCUUCAAAGAAUGGGUAGCAUACGGUGAAGCACUCUGCCACUGAGUCCGAAACCUUAGGAACACGGAAUGGUACAAAAGAGUAGUAUAAUACUGAAUAUAGCUGAAAACAUUUGUGCUGCAGAAAAUUUCAUCUUUCUUUUGAGUACUUCUUCUUUUUUCCCCUUAAUUUGUUUCAAAGCCGUUUGUAUAUAGUGUAAUGUUUAUAUAUACAAAUCUUGUACGAUUCGUGUUAAAAUUAUUUGUAGGUAAUCGUAAUCGUAAUCCCUUCUUUUAUUGCUU